AUGGCGAAUUCACUCACACUUUUCCCCAGACUACCUCCUGAAAUACGAAUUCUCAUCUGGGAGCAAGCGUUAGCACAACAAUGGAGCUAUACCAAUUUCCACCGCGUGAAGAAGCGCAUCAAAAUUAGCGGAAAAUGCCACCAAAAGCAAAUCAGUCGCGUGUGCCGUGAAGCUCGUUGGGCCAUGGAAAGAAGGGCGACAAAAGUUGAAGGGCUUGGCUGGUUCGACUUCGAACGACACCUCUUCUUCUUCCGAGACCUUGAAUCCAGUCGCCUGUUGAUGUUGUCUCUUUUCGUCCACGUCGAGCUACACCAAAUUCAACACGUUCUCAUAAACCCUCGGGAUGCAUCUGAACUCAUGCAUACGAUGGAUUUCCUGUCCACCCAUUUCAGAUCAAUCCGUACUAUCGUCGCUGUUGGACCUUGGUUUACGCCGCCAGACAGGACCGGUCCGUUCGACCCUGAUCAAGACUUCAUCUGCACCAUGGACAACGACUGGUCGCGAGUGAUAUCUAAAUCGCCGACAGAGAUAAAUCUAGUGCCGCUCCUAGACGCGAUUCAGAACGGACGCGAGGACAACAAAGCUCAUCUGGCACAAUACAGAAGCGCGCUCAGUCAUGAUGUGGACAGGCUACCGGACCAGCUACCGCCGAAUUUGCAGCUCCUGGACCAUUGUUCAUGGCGCUAUCGAACAUGGCUAGAUAAAAUGCACGGAUAUUGUCAAAAUUCUAUCGCACCGCAUCCACCUGGGCUUUUCUUGAGAACCCGGGAAGAAUUACGCAACCCUUUUACCAUAAAUUCCCUCUGGGCAGGCCGUGUCAAUCCCUGA